AUAAAAAGAAAACGAAAAAGAAAUUAAGAGCGACAGGAGAGAGAGAGACGGCGAAAGGCGUUAUGGGGAAGGAGCUGACGGAGGAGCAGGUGGCGUCCAUGCGGGAGGCGUUCUCCCUCUUCGACACCGACGGUGACGGCCGGAUCGCGGCGUCGGAGCUGGGGAUCCUAAUGCGCUCCCUCGGCGGUAACCCGACGCAGGCCCAGCUCAAGGAGAUCGCGGCGGCGGAGAACCUGACCGCCCCCUUCGACUUCCCCCGCUUCCUCGACCUCAUGCGCGCGCACCUCCGCCCCGAGCCCUUCGAUGGCCAGCUCCGCGACGCCUUCCGCGUCCUUGAUAAGAACGCGACCGGCGCCGUCGCGGUCGCCGACCUCCGCCACGUCCUUAUCUCCAUCGGCGAGAAGCUCGACCCCGCCGAGUUCGACGAGUGGAUCCGCGAGCUCGGCGUCGCCCCCGACGGCACCAUCCGCUACGAGGAAUUCAUCCCCCGAAUGGUCGCCAAGUAGUCAUCAACGAUCUAACCCUAGGAUCCGAUCUGAUCCUCUCUCUGAGUACGCCUUCUCUUUUCCUUGUUCCUCGUCUCACCCAGAUUUGCUGGAUUAGGAUUUGCUAGGUCAUCGGGAUCUGAUGUUUUUUAAUUUCUUUGUGUGUAUUCUGCGAGAUCUUUGCGGUGCUUGGGUGUUUGAUUCCAACGAUGAAUGCUUGGACCCAUAAAGUUUGAAUCUUUUUUCAAGUGUGGCUUAUGGAUUGCAAGUCUAUGUAGUUGAUUAAAGAUGAGAAAUUUUUAUGAUUUUUGUUACCAAGACUAUUCUGGUGAAGAAAUCUGAAGUGUGUUUUCUGUUGUUUCUGGUUUA